AUGGAGACAACAGAAGACAUCAGUGCCUAUGCAGAUAUGGAGAUUCAUGCAGACAUGUUGGCGGACUCAGUCAGGACUAAUGCUUACAGACUUGCCAUCCUGCGUUGCUGGGAACAGAUCCGAGGGAAGGCCGUGGUGGAUGUCGGGGCGGGGACUGGCAUCCUCAGUCUCUUCUGUGUGCAGGCAGGGGCAAGGAAAGUGUACGCCAUUGAGGCCAGUGCUCUGGCAGAGGAGACGAGGAAGGUGGUGAGAGCCAACGGGAUGGAGGGAAGGAUUGAAGUGCUGCAUGGACGAGCUGAGGAGGUGGAGCUACCGGAGAAAGUGGACGUUAUCGUGAGCGAGUGGAUGGGCUACUCUCUCCUGUAUGAGUCAAUGCUUCCCUCAGUCAUCCAUGUACGUGACAAGUGGCUGAAAAAGGGAGGUUUGAUGCUACCCUCAGAAGCCAGCCUGUACCUGGCUCCUAUAGCUGAUGCAGACACUGAAGAUAGGUUGCAGUUUUGGGAGGACAUAGGAACUAAGUACCAUGUGGACAUGUCAGCACUGAAGCCGUACGCACACAGAUGUAUCACAAGAAAGGUCCAGGUAAAGCCUGUCCAGAUGGAGGACAUUCUGGCUAGUCCUGCCAAGGUCAUGACCUUUGACCUUACAGAAGUAUCGGUGGAAGACCUGUCCUGUGUAAAGACUGCGUUCAGCUUCAAAUGUUACGGCUGGUCACAGAUGCAGGGUUUCUCCACCUGGUUUGAUGUCGUCUUCCCUUCACCCAAACCGGUGCUGCUGUCAACAUCACCAUACUCACAAGAAACCCACUGGAUGCAGUCUGUCAUGUCCUUAGAUGACCCUGUCCAGGUGACACAGGACACAAGAGUCAAAGGGGUCCUUAAAAUUACUCCAAAUUCAAGAAACAACAGGUUCCUGGAUAUGACAUUGAGAUACAGUGUGGACAACAGAGAAGAGGUGGAGAGAAUUUACCCCAUGGAUGACUGCAGAUAGAAAGAGAUUUCUUCUCAUUCUUUUGGUCCAGAAAAUAACUAAAAAGUUAUUUUGUCAUAUAGUAAGACAUUUUGUGACAGAAGAAGAA